CACAGUUUCGCUGUUAUCAGGAGUGCUGGAAGUAGCGCUUAUAACUAUGUCAAUCCCGUCAUGCGUGAUACAGUGACCACUGGCAACACCGGUGAUCGUGUGACUAUCCGCUUCAUCACAUACAACCCUGGGCCUUGGCUGUUACAUUGCCAUAUCGAUUGGCAUCUAUCCGCCGGACUAGCUAUAGUAUUCGCAGAGGCUCUCGAAGAUGUGGCAGCUUUGCAGCCUUUCAAUAGUAAGCACCGAGCACUAUGA